UGUGGAGUGAUGAAGCCGAUUAUAUGGAAGCGCAGAGGUGCAAUUAUUUUUUGAAAGUGUAUGGUAAAUGAAAUAGGCAUAAAAAUUGAAACAUACUCACUUACACCAGUUUUAGCAAUAAUUUUUUUCAAAUAUUGCUUCUUUUCCUGAAAGAAAGUAUAUUUUGAGCAUUAAAUAUGGAAGACAAUUUGAGCCAAAAAUCAAGCAUGUAAAUUUAGAACAAUUAUGAGAAAAAAUUAACAAUGCAUAUGGAAGACAAAUGAUGACAAAGUCUUAGCACAAAAUUUGAAUAAAAUGUUCAAUGUAUAUGGAAGGACACAACUGUAAAAAGUUAAGCAUAUGAUUUAAAUGGUUUUUAAAAAAAAUCAAACAAAUAUGACGUCUUGGUGGAAAUUACUCGUUCUAUGGAUGUCCAUCAUGGCCAAAAUUCAACUUUCCCUAGCAGAAGAGAAUGACAAAUGCUAUAACCAGAAUGAAACGUGCAUUCCGUUAACAACGAACAUGUGUUUGGGAGCCACGCUGCCCAUAAAGUUUACGUCACUGACUUUCGCUGCCGAUUCGAGCUCGCUAGAUGAGGUUUACGAAAAAUUACGCUUGUGGAGCGGAUUACAGAAUGCGCCACAAUGUUGGCAGGUUAUCCAGCCCUUUUUGUGUUCCGUCUAUUUACCAAAAUGUGAUAAUGAGACUGGAAAGACAGAGCUACCAAGUCGUGAACUGUGUGAACGAACUAGGGAGCCGUGUCAAAUCGUCAAGUCUUUCCACGAUGGAUCGUGGCCCGAGUUUUUAAGAUGUGAUCAACCUCAGUUUGUGUCUGGCUGCAAGAUAGACACCUAUGAAAAGUUGGCGUUCAAUACAUCAGCUAAAUGUGAACAUCCAUUAAUUUUAACAGAAAACAAAGAUAGCUGGUUUACAGACGUCCCUGGUUGUGGAAUUCCCUGCCAAAAUUUACUGUUCACUAAAGAAGAACAUGAUGAAGUUCAUAUAUUUAUUGGCGUGUUUGGUUCUAUAUGUCUGGUGUGUACUCUGUUCACUGUGCUAACAUUCCUGAUAGACUGGAAGAAUGCCAGUCGCUAUCCAGCGCUGAUUCUAUUCUAUAUCAAUGCCUGUUUCUUCAUUGGUUCCAUUGGAUGGCUGGCACAGUUUGCAGGAGAUGCCAGAACGGAUAUUGUCUGUAGAUCUGAUGGCACUGCCAGGCAGGGUGAACCUCAAAUUGGAUCAGGUGAAACAGCCUCCUGUACUAUUAUAUUUUUAAUGGUCUACUACACCAUGAUGGCAGGGGUCAUGUGGUUUGUGAUGUUAGCUUACUCGUGGCAUCUCACCUUCAAAGCCCUGGGAACACCCAAAGACUCUUUGUCCAGUAAAACAGCCUAUUUUCACCUGAUCAGCUGGUUACUGCCCUUGGUUUUGUCCAUCAUCUGUUUGGCAAUGACGGAGAUAGAUGGUGAUUCUCUAAGUGGGAUAUGUUUUGUGGGUUACAUGAAACAUGGCGUUCGUGCUGGGUUUGUGUUAACACCUAUAGCGUUAGUGUUAGUUACUGGUUUAUUCUUUCUUAUCAGUGGACUGGUAACAUUGAUCAAGAUUCGCAAAGCAGCACCAAUAUUUCUGAAUGCUAAAGCUACCUCCAAACUUAGAGAAACUAUCUACAGACUCGGUACGUUCUCCUGUCUAUCUCUUUUGUUUGUCCUGGUCACCCUCUCCGUCCAUAUUUAUACCUUCGCUAACGAACAUUUAUGGAGAGAAAGCUUUAGUCAAUAUUACAAAUGUAAAGCCAAUGUAACUAUUACUCAAACCAAUUCCACCUCUGAUGUCUGCCAUAUUGAAAAUCAGCCCAGUAUCGUUGCCAUGGAGAUACAUAUCUUUGCCUUCUUUGGUGCCGGAAUUGUCAUGAGUUCUUGGUCUUGGAAUAAAGCAACGUUAAAUUCCUGGGAACGAUUCCUUAGAAUGGUGUUUCACAAACCGUCCAAUAAGCCAGUCAAGUUAAAGAAACAUAAAAUGAUAGCCCAGGCUUUUGAAAAACGUAAAAAUAUCAACAAUAGUCGAAUGUCAAUCAGUUUUCAUAGUACACAUGAUGAUCCUUUAGGAAUGAAGUUCGAUUUUAGUAGUGCAAUGAGUCGUGACAUGUCGACAAAUUUUCAACAAGCCAUGCCCAAACUGAUUCGCCGUCGUGGUGGUCUGAUA